AUGGCCUCCGAAGACUCGGUCACCCCGGGACAGUCUGAUGCCGAUGCGCCCAUGGAAGUCUCGCAGCCCACUGCCAAGGUCGACGAUCCAGCCGCCCCCUCAGCUUCUGAAACGAGCCUCCUGAACGAGGACGCCAAGGGCGAGGAGGCGAAGGAUGUCGAGCCGUCUUCGGAAGAGAAGCAGCCGGCGGAGGAAACCGUUGAAAAGCCGAUGGAAGUCGCUGUGGAGGCGGGCAAGGAUUCGGAAGAUCAGUCUAUGGACGUCCCCUCGGAGACGGGUCGAGCCAUGGACGUGAUAGAGGAGGAGGGCGAUGAGGGUGCCAAAAUACAACCGGUUGAUGAGCAGGAAGAUGGCGGCAAGCGCACCCCACCGCCGAGGCCAAAGCGAGCCGCCGCCCGUGCCAGCGAACAAAGCAAGAAACCACGGAAGGUGGACUGUGUCGAGGAUGAUGAUCUGCCGGUCAUCCAAGUCGUCGCUGGCGGCGUGCACUCGCUGUUGCUGACGAAGGAUGGUACUGUUUACACCUGUGGAAUCAACGAGAAAGGCACCGCUCCGGGAGAAGGCGUGGAGGCUGAGGGCUCCAGCGACCAGUUCCUGCCCAUCAUUUUCACCGACGACAUCAAGAAGGAGGGCAGAAUCGUACAAGUCACCGCUGGCGCUUCAUUCUCUGCCGCACUUACCGACCUCGGAUCGGUCAUCGCUUGGGGCAACUUGCGAGAUAGCUCUGGCUUGAUGGAGGUACACCCGCUUCUGAGCAAGAUGAACGAGUCGCCCGUCGCUGUUGUCCAUCACAAAAAGAAGCAGAUUGUCAAGAUCGCUGCCGGAGAAAAUCACCUGGCUAUGCUCAGCGAACUUUACGGAAUCGGGCGCAACGUCGACAACGCUCUCGGCCUCGGCACAUACAACGCCAAGGAGGACGAUGAGAAUUGGAAGUACGAUGAACUCCAGAAAAUCGUCAUACCUGGAGUUAGUGCUGGGGUGACGGCAAAGCUGACCUGUUCGGUGGCCUGGGAUCGCGAUGGCAAGGGCUAUGCUUGGGGCGUCGAUACCUCCGGUCAACUCGGACUCGGUAUCACCGACGAUGAUGACAAGGUUGUGCCAACGCCUCGUGAGAUCAAGUCCGCACACCUGGACGGCUACAAGAUCAUCUCGGCUUCGAUCGCCGACAACCACACGCUGUUCCUCGCCAAGAAAAUC